CGCCUCAAUUAAAACAAAAACUUUCCAUUAUCGUGUUCCCAGUGCGCAGGGCGUGUCCAGUUCGAGGAUUGUUGGUGUUUCUCUCGUGCAAUUUGCCUCAAAAUCCGGAUAAUUUGCAACGUUCCAGGCUUGGGAUACUGAGAAAAUCAAUUUUUGAAGAUGUCAGAUUCGCCCCAAUACGAGUUGCAGGAAGCAGUCCUCCACAUAGACCAGAGCCAUUUGGACGCAAGCAGCAUGGAAGAAGAUGAAUCUCUCACCUCCGAAGGCGACGGCCUCACCGAGCAAAUCAUGUACACAACAACUUUCGAGCCCGAAUACGAAUUCAUCCAACGCACCAUCAAACGCCGCGGCCAUUUGCCCAAAGACUCUGUAAAAACCCUAAAAAAUUGGCUUUACGAGCACCGUUUCAACGCUUAUCCAACUGAAAUUGAAAAACAUGUUUUGUCUCAGGAAACCGGUCUUACAGUGUUGCAAAUUAGCAACUGGUUUAUCAACGCAAGACGCAGGUAUUUGCCUGACAUGAUGCGCAGAGAAGGCUAUGAUUCCAUGCAAUAUACUAUUACUAGGCGCAGAAGGAAUUCUUCACGAGAAGGCGAAGACGAUGUUGUUUAUCAAAAAGUACAAAAAAUAAUGCGCAUACAAAAAACUGAAACCGGUGACGAAUCGCAAGAGGAAGGAGAAGAUGGAGCUCAAGAAUAUAUUAUUGGAGAAAAUGGCAUUAUAACUCCUAAAAAAUUUAAUCCUUGGAACGCUGACAUCCAUUACGGUUUAACAGUGGAUCCAUCUAAUAGAACUUCCACAAGUUUUGAAUCGAAAAAGACUAAACCUGCGGCUCAAACUACUCCCAAAGUGACUCAGCCAAAGUUUGCUUCUAAUCUAGUAAUGGUCAAAACAGCUUCAGGCAAAAACGUCAUACUUAAAGUGGUACCGCAAGGAAGCGGAAAUAUUCCCAAAGCUGUUGUUUUGAAGCCUACAAAAAUCAUCAAAAAGCCUCAGACCCAAGUUCAGAGUGCACCGAUUCGGUUGCAGCAACGCACCCAACAAAUCCAGAACACAAUUCAGCUGCAACAAGAACCAAAAAUAGCUACAAUAAAAAACAAACAACAAAUUCCCAAAACUAUCAUCUUAAAACCGACCAAGUACAUCAAAAGACCACUGGUACACACACAAAUUGUCAGACAACAAAAACAACCAGUUGUUCCAGUUGAAGAGAUCAACAUUGACGAAAACGAAUUUGCCUGCACAAACUUGAAGCAGGAAGUUUUUGACAGCGAAGAAGAAACUGUAGAAGCAACCGAAGAAGUCCACUACACAGACCAAGAAGACAUGCCAGAGUAUAUUGAAGAGGAAAUCUUACAGGAAGAGGAGUAUGUGGAACAGGAAGAUGGCGUUGAAGUUUUCGAUGAUUCCGAAAUCGUUCACGAAAUUCAAGACGACGAAAUCACUGAAGAAAUGACAGAAGAAGAAGUCAUGGAUGAAAAUCAAUUUUUGAGCGAAGACAUUUUCCGUCAAUCGGUUCAAAGUCAGCCUGAAGAGGUUUUUGUCAACGAGGUCACUCUAGAGGAGGACGUCAAUGAGGUCACAAUUGAGGAAAACGUCAACGAGAUCACCAUUAUUGAUGAUGAUAAUUAAUUAGGGAAUUUUAUGUAAAUAAAUUUUUUUGCAACGUUGCAAACCCAACUUGUAUUUUUUUUUUAUUGCUUUAAUUUUCAGUUAUCGUUGCAACGUUGCCACACUUUGAUUUUUUUAACUUUUCUUUUGUAUAAUUAAUAUUAUUUUUAUUGGAAAUUAGUUGUUUAAAAACUAAAUUAGUUGUAAAUUAGGUGUGUACGUAUUUAUAGUAGAAUAAAUAAAUGAUUUGACACAGAAAUUGCAACGUUGCCAAUUUGUUUUUAAAAUAAUAGUAAAUAUCAAUUGAUGGGAUAAAACACCGAUUUUUCUUUAUUUUUUUUUUAUAACCUAACACCACAGCUCUAUUUGAAAACUUAAAGUAGGUAACUGAGUAGGAACAUCAAACCGGCCGAUAGGAGGGCGGCAAUGGGCACCGUUAUCACCCAAGCGUAGAUAAUGUUCCUGUAAAAAAAAAAACGAAUUUUGAUUAUUUUGUAAAAAUUUUAAAGGAAUUUUACCUGAAAAGACUCCAAUCGACCCCCUUUUUCGACGCACUGAAGUAGCCGACGAAAACGACUGAGCCUACUUUGCAGUGGGUCGUGGAAAUUGGAAUGCCGAUUUUGCUCGCUAGUAAUACUGUGAAGGCUGCGCCGAUUUCUAUUUUCUUACGUUGAAGGUGUUAUAGUUGUCAAAUCCUCUCCGAUAGUUUCGAUGACUCGCCUGCCCCACAGCCACAAUCCCACGGAAAUCCCGGCUCCUCCGUAAAGCAAAAUAUACAAAGGAGUUUCAGAUUUUUGAGCCACGCUGCCCUCAGAGUAAAUCAGCCACAGAGUGAUUAGAGGUCCGAUGGCGUUGCUGACGUCAUUUCCGCCAUGCGCGAAGCUACCAAAAAUAGCUGUCAGAACUUGCAGGAAGCUGAACAGCUUCGAAACACUCGGAUUCUCGUCAUCUUCGGACGACACUGAUUCGGGAUUUUGACGAGGCUGAGUUUCGUUGCUGGUGUAACUUUUGUCUCUUAUCAGUGGCACUCCGCUUGAAUUAGGAGACAAUGUCGGAUUGAUAACAGUGGCGGGUUCUGGUAUUUUUAAAUCGUUUGGCCUCGAAAGUAUUUCAGUCUCUUUAGCUUGUAUAUAACCGUUUUUAUCACUAGUUUGCAAUGGAAAGACAUACUUUGCGGCCGCUAUUUUACCAUCCAAGUGCUGCAAUUCGGUGUGUUCCGAAAUUACGGUUAAUUGACGUUCCGAAUAUGCCGAGUUGCGGUUCGAUUUCUUGUUCGGACUACUUUCCGGUGACGUAUCUGGA